AUGAACUUAAAAGAAUCAGAAUCUAUAAAUGAUUUUUUUAAAGAUGACACUAAAUUCAUUGGAGAAUAUUAAAUGCUUGAUUAUAAAGUACUCAGAGGAUAUAUACCAGGCUUUGGAUAAGAUCUUAGACUUUAUUAUACUAAAUUGGAUCCUCCUAAUAAGAAAGCAUCUAUUUGUAUUAUUCAUGGAUUUGGAGAACAUUAAGGAAGAUUUCUACAUGUAUAAAAAAUAAAUAGAGAUUUUAUUAGGUGGCUGACUUUUUUGCUAAAAUGAAUUUUGUUGUACACUUGAUUGAUUUGAGAGGUUUUGGAUUUUCAGGAGGACCAAGAGGAUCUCAAUCAAUAGCAGAUCUUUAAUUGGAUGUUGAGGUUCUCAUAAGAUAAGCAUCAAAGGAUUUACCCUUAUUUUUAUAUGGACAUGCUAUGGGAGCACUUGUUAUUAUAAGUUUAUUAAUUCGAAACCCUAAAUUGAAAAUAUCAGGAGUUAUUUGUACUGCUCCUACUUUAGGAUUCCCAUUAAAUAGAAACAUUGGCCCAUUCAAGUAAUUUGUGAUAAAGAACUUUGGGCAUUAUUUAGAAGUAUUUUUAUUCUUAAAUGUUUAUAGGAUUUAGUUAUUAAUACAAAUGUUAAUCCAACUAGUUUGAGUAAGAAUAAUUAACAUAUUUAAAGAAUUUUUGAGGAUAGAUUGGUAAUGCCAUUUCUAGGUGUAGGAAUGGCUAGAAGUAUUUAUAAAACAUUGCCUUUUAUCUUUAAAAAUUCUGUUUAAUUUUAAUUUCCUAUUAUAAUAUUUCAUGGGAAAUAAGAUACAUAAAGUAGUUAUGAAAAUAGUGUUCAAUUCAUAAAUUAGGUAGGAAGUAAAGAUAAAUAAAUAAAAUUGUUUGAUGAAGGAUAUCAUGAAUUAUAACAUGAUGAAGAAUUUUAGUGUAUAAAAUAAUAAUUAAAUGAAUGGAUUAAGAUAAGAUUAGAGAAUAGUGUAGCAUUUGGUAUAUAUAUUUUAUAAUAAUAAAAGGAAUAUUAUCAUAACCAAGAUUAUUGAUUGGGAUACCUAUAUAGAAGAAUAGAAAAAAAUUGAUAAUUUGUUUGAUGAUCUUAUUGAUUAUAUACUUUUUGACAGUGUUCAUAAAGAAAAGUAAAUUUAAGAAAGUUUAGUAUCCAUUUGUGCCAAUUCUAAUUUUGUAUAACAAAUUGAUUAAGAAAUAAUUAAAAUGA